AUGGUAUCAGAGCGAGUGAUAGAAGUUUUAAAGAAGUCACCUGUGUAUUACACAACUGGAAACAGCAGUGUUGGUGGAAGUUCUAGAAAUCCAAGCUCCAUUCCAGCUAUGUCAAUGAGUCAAGGGUGGGGUAAUCUGAUCUCAUUCCAACUUAUUGGAAUUGAGAAUUAUGCCUUGUGGAGUAGGUCAAUUAAGUUAGCAUUACUUGGAAGAAACAAGAUUGGUUUGGUAGAUGAAUCUUAUAAACAAGAAGAUAUAAGUGCAGAACUAAGAGGUCAGUGGGAGAGGGUUAAUGCCAUUGUUCUCUCAUGGCUUCUAAAUUCAGUGUCAAAAAGUUUGCUAGGAGGAGUUCCGUUUGCAUCAUCAGCUCAGGGUGUGUGGAAUGACUUAAAGGAAAGAUUUGAUCAAUUAGAUGGAUCAAGAACCUUCGGUCUACACAAAGAGAUAGCAACAUUACAACAGGGCACUGAUUAUGUGUCUGCAUAUUUUACAAAACUUAAAACCCUGUGGGAUGAAUUUGAGGCCUUGGUGACACCUCUUGGAUGUAAUUAUGAAAAGGCAAGAGGGUUUGUGGAUCAUCUAAAUAGACAAAAAUUGUAUCAGUUCUUGAUGGGACUAACUGAGUCAUUUGGAUAG